AUUGAUUUAUUGAUGAAGUAUUAGAGUUAGUUACAUUUUGUACGCUGAGCAAUUACGUUUUUAUUUCGCUGGGUUUCAGUUUCAGUGGAGUAGAAGUAGUUAACUAGCGUACGUUAGCUAACGUCACUGUCCAUCAAAUGUAUGACUGUUGCACCUAACGCUAUCGAUCAAAUGCAGAGGCCACUCGAAGCCGUUUAGCUAAGCAAAAUCGAAAUAAGUUUGACUUGUGGCAUGUCAUUCAAUCACAUUUCUACCCAUAGGGAAGCAAUUGCUGAACAUCCCAAAGAAACCUUCUAGAAGACUUCAUCUCCCACACAUAAGGAGCUGAUAUCAUGGCAAUGGAUGCGGCUGUGAUCGGUGCCAACGGAGAGAUGAAGGUUUUCUACAACCAGAACCUCAGUCCCAGCAAAGGUGUCCUGUCCCUGGUGACAGUCCACCCACAGUCUCUCUCUGUGGGGAAACAACUGCUUCCCAAAACCCUGGGGCCCUCCAACGUCAACAUCGCCCCACACAUGGUGAUGGGUACCCCUCAGAGGCCCAGUGGGUCAGGGGGGUUAGUGAUGGGCAGCCCUCACACACCCAGUACCCAGUACAGACCACAGAGCCAGCCCCCUGAUGCCUCUCCCUGGUCCACCGGGAAGCGUGGUACUGGUAAGAAGGGGGAUAAGAACGGGAAGGGUCUUAGGCAUUUCUCCAUGAAGGUGUGUGAGAAGGUGCAGAAGAAGGGAGUAACUACCUACAAUGAGGUGGCUGACGAGCUCGUGGCAGAGUUCAGCGCCAACGACACCCUCCUCUCGCCCGGCGACUCGCAUUCCUACGACCAGAAGAACAUCCGACGGCGUGUGUACGACGCGCUCAACGUGCUCAUGGCCAUGAACAUCAUCUCUAAAGAGAAGAAAGAGAUCCGGUGGAUCGGCCUGCCCACCAACUCAGCCCAGGAGUGUCAGAGCCUGGAGGUGGAGAGACAGAGACGACUAGAGAGGAUCAACCAGAAACAGUCUCAGCUUCAGGAGCUCAUUCUACAGCAAAUAGCGUUCAAGCGUCUGGUGCAGCGGAAUCGUACGGCGGAGCAGCAGGCGGGCAGGGCUCCGCCCCCAAACUCUGUCAUCAACCUGCCCUUCAUCAUCAUCAACACCUCCAAGAGGACCGUCAUCGACUGCAGCAUCUCCAACGACAAGUUUGAGUACCUGUUCAACUUUGACAACAUGUUUGAGAUCCAUGAUGACAUUGAGGUGUUGAAGAGAAUGGGUCUGGCCUGUGGUCUGGAGGUGGGCCAGUGUUCACCAGAGGACCUGAAGGAAGCUCGUACCCUGGUGCCCAGAGCCCUGGAGCCCUAUGUUACAGAAAUGGCCACGGGUCCAAUAAGCAACGUCUACAUCACAGGAGCCUCGUCUACAAACGGAGGAGGACGCCGUCACACAAGUAGCUCCGAUGGCACGGUGGCGUCCAUUUCCAACGACUCACACUACAGCGCCUCGCGAGGCCACACCCCUGUGUCCUACAUGGCAGACGAGGAAGAGGAUGACGAAGACUACGACGACAAUGAUUAAAUCAGUAGUUUCUCACUCGGCCAACUCUUAACAGCCCAGUCUGAUGACUAACCAGCUGUGUUCCAAAUGGCUUCCUAUACCCAAUAUACUGAACUACUUUUGACCACGGCCAUAUUGGCACAGAAGUAGUGCACUGUGUAGGGAAUAGUGCCAUUUGGAAUGCAUGCAGCCCAUGUCCCAUGAACAAGUCUCUCUCCCUUCCUCCAGCUCCAUCUCAGGCCUUCCCUCCACCCCACCAAGCUAUCUACGAGGAGGCCCCUGCUUCUCCUUCCUCAGCUGCCUUCAGAAUGCACAGAGCUCACCAACGCAAUGGCCUUCUGGGAAACGUAGUCUUUGCUGACACUAUGACUGUAUAAUGCCUUUUGUGGGAAUUUUAAUUUAUUUUUUUCUCUCCUUCUGAAGCUGUGAUUACUAUGAGUAUAAUCUCCACAACGUGCUCCUCUUCAGCCCGCCUCCCCGUUACAGGAAAUGGGGAUCUUUCUCAUGCCAAACUAGUUUUUUUUGUUGUUGUUUCUUGAGUGAACUGAUGCACGGUCACAGAAAGAUUCCCUCCAGAAACCUGAGAUCUGCGUUGUGUGGCUGUAUUACAGUAUUUAACAUCAUGAACAGUAGUGAUGUGUGUCAUUGACAUGACAGUGAAAUGGCUUCCUAUACAGCUCCCAGGGGAGAGAGAGUGUGUGUGUGUGUGUGUGUGUGUGUGUGUGUGUGUGUGUGUGUUUUGUACUUAUUUGUAGUUAUAUUUUCUUAUUUUGUGUGACUUUCUUCUGGCAGCUAUUUUAAAGAUGGGUCAGAAUGUGUGUUUUUGGACGGUCACUUGGCCCUGCGUGUCACUGUGAAUACCUACAGACAGCAGAGGCCAAAUGUCCCUGUGUGUGAAUACCUACAGACAGUAGAGGCCAAAUGUCCCUGUGUGUGAGUACCUACAGACAGCAGAGGCCAAAUGUCCCUGUGUGUGAGUACCUACAGACAGCAGAGGCCAAAUGUCCCUGUGUGUGAAUACCUACAGACAGCAGAGGCCAAAUGUCCCUGUGUGUGAAUACCUACAGACAGCAGAGGCCAAAUGUCCCUGUGUGUGACGGUAGAGGAGGCAAGGCCACCCUAUUCCCUUCUCAAAGCGAAGUGACCAUGUUCAUAAUCUCAGAAUUGGAGUCGAGAGAACGUUGUUGUAAAUUGGAAGCGGUUCUCUGCCUGGCUGGCAGGCAGCCCGUUGAGAUAGAAACGUACCAAAAUGAUUCUAAACAUCUCAAUGCUCUACUUAAUGAACGACACCCAGAGUGAAGUAGCUGCGUAUUAUCAAUGAAGGGAACUUUGGGGAGGAUGGGGCCAUUCAUAGGGUUGUAACAAGCUCAAGACUUCAGGAUUGUGGCAAAAGCCAAAAUAGGGGAGUCCACUACAAUGACCCCCCCCCCCCCCCCCUGAAAACAUGUUGACUCUACAAUACCAUACCUUUUCUUUCUGUUAUCUAAUGAGUUUGGAAAUGAUAGAGAAUAAAUAUAGAGGGUGUUUGAACUUGUUGUCUUUAUGGAUUUGAAUACAUGUUUAAUAUUUAUGGUUUCAUUAUGAUACAAUGCAUAGGUAACGUAUUGGUUGUACAAGCAGCACUCCAUUAACUCUAUGUUAAAUGCUCUUCCUAGAAGCUAUAUAAAAGAGUGAGGUCAAAUGAAGCAGAACGACCACUGUCUGGACAGAGAUGGUUGAAUUUCCAGGUGAAAUCUGGAGGUGAAAAACACAUCUGUUCAGGUGAGGUGCUGGCAGAGUAGGACACUAGGAAGAAGAAAGGGGAGAGCCACACCCUCUAGGACCUCGGAGGCAAUAACUGAAUUACCAUCACACCCUGAAGAAGACGGCUGGUCUGUCCAACCACUGGUUAUUAGGUUGUUGUUGAGCUAGUGUGAGACUCCUUUUUCAUGGGUUACCAGAUUGCCUUGGUUGGGAUCAUAGACGAGGAUAGAUGGCUAGAACUGGGUGGGAACGUCGAUGGGUUAAGGACAUACCUGUUGACGAAAUUGUGAAGAUAUCUUCCCACAGACUACUUUAAAAUGGAGAAAGCCCUCAACUGCACUUCCCAUUCUGUCAUAAUUGCAAAGAUGAGGAACACUAUCCAGCUCUAUGGCUCUGACCAUGGUUAGGACCUAGAUGGUUGGAUUGCUGGCUUGUCCAGUAAAAUAUAUUAUUUCAGAGCCUUGAGCAGGAAGACCACCUUCCCCUGGUAUGGUUCGUAUGAGUCUUGAUAGGCGAUGUUGUGGGCCACCACACGACACUGGAUCUUAGCCUCCCUCUCUUUGACCAGGUGGAACUUCACAGCCACUAGAGGGUUAACGUAGGUGGGCUGUGUGGAGGAAGACCAAGAGAGGGUUCAUACCAAUCAUGUUUAUACGUAGUUGGAUAGAGGGACCAACUGCCACAAUGCUUGUUUUUAACAAUUAUGGCAAAGAUGUGCUCUCUAUCAAACUCUAUGAUAAAAGUGCCUUCAAGAAGUA